UCUUCGGCGGGUGUCCUCGGGUUUCGCCGCUUUAAUAAUCGGCGGCCUACGAUGUAGUUAUGCCCAAAAGGAGUGCGCGGCAUGUCAGGGAGCCGGGACUGACGGGCAGGGCCGACGGGAGCGAUCCCGCGGGCCCGGGACUUGACGUGAAGCACUUUCGGAGCGUCCACAUCGGCCCAACGAACGGCAGGCGGUGGCUCUCGCUUAAGCGCCGCCUCGGGCUGCCGACGGACGAGGAGCUGGCCGUCUACCUUCUCGACUUGGCCGAGUCCAUAGCCAGUAGGCAAGAUGGUAAGUGUGGUGUCUCCGGAGAGUGGAGAACUGACCGGGAUGAGGAAAAUGAGCCAGAAGUUGUCAAGGCACAAGGGGGAUCGGCUGAUGCAGAAGGAGCACUGCGCCGUAGUCCACGGAAACAGAACGUUCCUCCAUCUCCGGAGUCCUUGGUGUCACCAACAAUCGAGUCGUCUGAAGCAAAGGAACAGGAACCUCUGGAGGAUGUUAUAAAGUUGCAUGUAAGGCGUAGCUCUAGGAACAAGCAUCACAGGAGCAAAACCAAGCAUCAUAAGGAUAAGCGCAAGAGGAGAAAACACUCGAAGAGUGUAGAAGAUCCUGCCGUCCCUACCGAAGAGACAGAGUCCACUGCAUUAUUGUCGGUCAAUCAAGGAGAAGGGUUUGCAGAAGAAAAAUCUAAUGAGACUACACAGGAUGUGGAAAAGAAAUCUAAUCUUGUACUGAGUGCAUUUCAGGGCUCCGCACAUGCUGUGGAACCGGUCGCCCUUAAAACUGAAGAACCAGAUAGCGUGCGGUGUGCAGAGGAAGCAGACAAUGAUAAGGCAGGUAGAGAAGCCUUGUCGGAAAGCUUCAAUGCUAUUGAAAGAAAGACGAGUCCUCCCAGGGAGAGUCUACGAGCUGGAUCGAAGGACUCUACCGGAGAGGAAGCAACUGCUUGCCUGGCUAGGAGCCCAAAGUGUAACGAAGCUCCGGAUGAUCUAAUCGAAGAGGAGAAAGUGAUUUUAACAGCUUCCUUUCCACUUACCGAGAACUAUACUAGACAGAACGAAAUAUCUCUCGAAGAGUCAAGAGAUGAAGACGCGCCCUUGGCAACUGUCAGUUUAAUGGCACGUCCUCAAGAAGAGCUUCAUGUUUCGAAAGAGCCCGAUGAGCGUAAAGCAAAGAAAAAGAGACGAAGACCAAAGUACGAGACAGACGGAGAAUUAGGAGGCGUCGGAGACUCCCCGGAAGGUCAUUCCGACGAUGGAGUCCACAAACAUCGAAGGAGGAAGCACAGGCAUACAGGAGAUCAUAAGGCUAGGAAGCAUCACGAUGUUAGGAAGGCUCCACAGGAUGGCAUCGUCGUGCAAGAGGAGGUCCGUGAGUCCUGUCAAACGAACGAUGGCCCACAAAAUGGAGCAAACUCUACUAUCCAGCCAUCGGAAAACCCUAGACCAGAGGCCACAUUGGACGGAGCUCUUUUGGAGCCCCAAAGAGUGGCCAUUAAGAUAAAGCUCUGUCAAGAUUGCAACAGUCGUCAUCUACAGGAUGCUUGUCCUCUAAUGAUACCCCUGUACGCCGUUCCAGACUCGUUGAGUUAUGAAGACUGGCUGUCAAGGCACCAGGAGAACCCAGAAGUGACGAAGGUCAUUGGAAGUGACGAUCCCAUGUCGGAGGGCUAUGGCAGGCCUCCCGAGGAUGGUUUCGAGUCCGAUGAAGACUCUCUGGCUGUCGAGCAGUAUAAGCCGAAGGUUAAAGUGGAAAGUGAAGAAAAACAGCUGAUCGUUGACGCCGACAGACCCCUCUAUGCAAGGGAAUCCCUGCCAGAGUGCUUCGAACUAAGAACCACAAAUGCAGAUCAUGGACUGGGGAUCUAUGCAAAGAAUCCUGUGCCGAUGUAUGCAAAACUUGGACCACUGGUUGGCAGACCUGUCCGGGAAAUGGACAUCCCGGAUGACUUUUCCAUGCGGCACAUCUGGGAGGUAGACAACAAUGGAAAGACUUCCUAUGUAAGCACUACGGAUCCACUGAAGAGCAACUGGAUUCGUUACAUGAGGCCGGCUGACUCGAAGGAGGAGCGUAGUGUGGCGGUUGUCACUCGACACGGAGAGCUGCAUCUCGUCACAACGCAGAAUAUCUCCUCUGGAAUGGAGCUGACGUACUGGGCAGAUUCACAGUCUUCCGCUUGGACCAGGAAAAACAAGAUAGACAAAACCAACUGCGGAGGCUGCAACCUGAACUUCUCUCACCCAAUUUAUUAUCGUCUCCACUGCUGCAUCUUCCACGACACUAACUACAGUUUAACUAUCAGGAAAUAUCACUGCAAGGUCUGUGGGGCCGCUGUUUUAGGCAAGGAUAACAUCAUGAAACAUGCUGCGGAGCUCCAUGCAGGCCGGGGGGCCUAUCAGUGCCAGUAUUGUAAAAAGUUUUUCCUAAGACUGAACUACCUUGAGAUGCACCGGACUUAUGGCUGCUCCCAGAAUCCUCAGAGGUCCAGGCCUCUCUGCGACUUCUGCGGAAGGAAAUUCUGCCAGCCGCAGAAGCUCAAAGUGCACAUCAAGAGAAUGCACAGCGGUUCAAAUGGUGUUGCAGAUAUGUCGGAGGUACUGCGCGAGUUUCAGUGUAAACUUUGUUUGAAACUCCUUGGUUCUCGUGCAGCUCUGCAGCGUCACAUGAAGGAGGUCCAUCAUAAAGACGUCGUCGGGGCUGCGACCUGCGACCGGUGUGGGAAAAUGUUUCAGAAUAAGAGCAAUCUGAAGAUACACAUGCUUACGCAUAGCGGAGUAAAGCCUUUCAAGUGCAAAGAAAACGGCUGCAAAGCCGCGUUCACCACUAAACAGUGCCUGCAAUUCCAUUACAAGAAAGUACAUGGAUUGACCGAGGAGAUGAUGCCCAAAAUUGAGAGAUCGGUAGCAUACACCUUCGAUGCAUACAGUGGAGGCCUGGUCGAGGAUGUCGGGAGGGGGAAGACGCCUAGACUGAGUCGAAGGAACUCCCAGCAGGAGAACAGUAACAGUUUGUUGUCACUGGAUGACUGCAGCUCGGAGCACAGUCCGAAAGAGGAUUCUACAAGUAGAAUCCGCAGUGCAUCACUGGACCUACAAGUUGGAAUCCCUGGGAAGUUAAAGCAGCCUCGAGACAGUCCACCUCCUCCUCCACUUCUACCUCCCCAGCAACCUCCACAACAGCAACAACAGCAACAACCAGUGGUGUCAAUAUCAAGUAGCCUAGAAAGUGCAAUGGAGCCAGUACGCAGCGAAGCAGACCUCUACGCAGCCUCCAGGCUUCAAAGCAAAGGAAGUAAAAAAUGGAUGGGCGAAUUCAAUCCACCGCCAGGUUCUGUUGAGCUCUCCGGAGGACAGAUCGGAGGCCCAGCUAGUGCAGGAGACGUCUACGAGUUCGAGGAAAGCCGGAAAGAGGAACAAGAUGAGGAGAAGGAGGUUUCCGUAGGUGGCAGGGGCCUCAUUGAUGAGAGUAAACUUGGGAUGAGUGUGUAUCGGAGGACUGAGAGUUCGAAUGCGAGCCUUCUAGUGGAAGCUGCCUUGGAUGCAGCAGAGAGGGACAUCGGGGCUGUCUCCAGUCCCAUGUUAGAGGAUGGUGACAGAGAACCUAACCUGUACUCCAGCAUAUCCAGCCAGUUGCAAUCUCCGAUGCAGCAGAGGUCUCCUGAGUCACACCUGGAAUCCUACAUGCACCAGGACGAAUUGAUCUCGCCAGCGCCUGCUGGCACUCCAGAGGGCAGACACACUCCUCCGAGCCACCUUCACGUGGAUUAUCACCUUCACAGGCCUGUUGACUAUAUGAGUGUGUCCAGGAGUCAUGGUAUCGAACAAUACCUCCACCACGAAGACCUUCCCAGGGUUUCCUCUCCAGGUUAUAUCCACGUUCAGCAGGAUGAUCUUGUGUCUCCCUCAGUUACUCCGAAUCCUAGGUACCAAGAAGUUCACCACCAUCAUCAAGUGUCCGCAGAGAAUCUGUCAAGCGACGAGGGUGACUCGGUUGCUCAGAACCUGAGCCUCUCCGUCAAGGAAAAGUCUCUUCAGCUGGACCUGUCGACCUCGUACAAAUAUGACCCCCUGGAGUCAGAGUUUGCGAGGGAGAGAGGUGGUUUUGAACCUUUGGUUCUUAAUGGAGGAGAACUGCAGGGCCUGGAUAUGUCUGCUAGGGGGUUCCACCAUGGGUUCGGAGCACAGGUACAAAAUACUAGGUACCAUCAUCACCAUCUCUAUGACAUCGGAGACAGGCAGAGUGUCGAUCUCAGCAGGACUGGAGGGUACUCGAUGUCUCCACCACCACCGCCACCUCCUCCGCCACCACCUCCAUACCCUCAUAGUGAUGUGCUACGUGUUGUGAGUUUGGAUCUUACUCCAGGUGGCAGACAUAGCGUCGACUUGAGCUUGUCCAGGUCUCACCAUCAUCUCCAUGGGGCUUCCGGAGGGAGGAUUGUUGCCAGUCCACAGCCUCCUGGCUCUGUGACUCCUCGUGGCGUGUCAGAGACUGUCGAAGGGAGGAUGCUUUCUCCGCCACCUCCGCUGCCAGCAUAUAACCCCACUUAUCCAGUUAGCCCUGCUCCGUACCAUCCUCCAAGGCCUGGUUACCAUCAUUACUCCGGGUAUUAUUGAAGAGAAAAAUCAAGAUCAUGGGAAUUGGUGGAAUUUCCAGUUAUGUCUGGAAAAGGGAAGUGAAAUUGGAGUGCUUCAUAACCUCGAAAGUCACCAUUGGGUGUGUCGAGAGAAAUAACAUCUUGGAAAGUGAUGUGAAGUACCAAGAGUGAGGUUAACGGUGGCUGUCAACUGGAUUCGAUGUUAAUCACAUUCCACAAUUUGUAGCGCUGUUGGCAUACAAUUCAAGAGUUGCAGAGUUGUCGCACACGAGUCAUGUUAAGCAAAGCUGCCCACGUACAAUAUUGUGUACGUUCUUCCAUUCGAUCUAGAAUCCUUCUGAACAGAAGGUUACGAAAGUGAAAACGGGUGUCUGCAGGUUGGAGAAUGCUUUCUCAGCAAGUAUUGGAGAAGUCAUUGCACACUUAGUAGAAGAGUAGUUUAAGAGAGGAGGCGGCAUUAGUCUUUACAUCAAACAGAGAUGAACUCUUUGGAACUCCGACGCAUCGAAGUGAUGUUAUAGAGAAGUUCGGUCACUCUGAGGAAAGAGGAAAUACUGGGUACGUUAGAAAUUACUCCAUAGAUCUCUUCCACAUCGCUGCAGACGUACAAUCUGAUAUGAGACCGAAGUCUUGAUGAGCAUCACAUUUGGAAACCCUUGAAUCUCUGAUGUAAAUUCAUCUAAUGCAUCUGAACAAAUUUGUUUACUUCCAACCGAUACUUAAGACAAAAAGGAAAUCAAAUCUCCAUCAUAGACUCAAGGAAAUAUACUUUUGUUUCUAGUACAGCAGGAAUAACUCACUAAAGAAAUAGAGAGCAUGUAAAUUAUCGAAUCACGUGGAAAUGGCAGAGUCCUCUGAGAUCUAUUAAUAUUCAAUCUAGAAGUUCGAGAAAUUAAUCAAACGGCGAUGCGGGAGAAGCAAACAAAAGAGCAAAUGUCAUUCUACUGAUUUCUUCUGCUUUAAUGAAAUUUUCAAAUUUGGGGACGAUGAGUAUUUUAUACAACAUGAUGUCGUGUGAGAUAUGCGAAGAAUUAAAUUUCCGAUUCCAAAAACAAGCACUGAAAGUAUCUCUGUGGUGAGGUUACAUCCUCGGUCUUGUGGAGCAUGAGUCUUUUUUACAGAGGUAUCGGAGCACUACGUGCAAACUUCUGCACAGGGUUUUAGAACCGCUGUGGAAAUUUCUGCAUGCCCUUGUUCUAUCAGGAGUUUGGAUAUUUAGAUGAAGGAUGUGAAAUUAAACGUAAGCAUCAUGACUGAGUGCCAUGUCCGUGAUAUAGUUCGACGAGGAAUAGAGAAAAAGAACGAGUGAGAGGAAAGAGAAAAUUGUUGAUUAGCUUCUAGCCUAUAUUCUUCUAUUUCGAAUACGUCGUACCCGUUAAGUACCACCAGUUUAAUGUACUCCAGUAAACGUGAUUCGAAACUCGUACUCCCAGUAAUGCAGACAGCGAUAUCCUGGAUAGCGAGUCCUCGCCGAAGCAUUCAACAAGCCCCUCACCGAUAGUGAUUACCUUUUAUAUGUUCAAGAGAAGCUUUCCUCUAUGUCAAGGAACCAACGACAGUGCUGUUAAAAUAAUUUGUAUCAAGAAACAUCCACAAUGUUCUUCACAGGCAAGAAAUCCUCGGUUUCCCUUACAGAAUAUUCUGUAACCCAUGCUACGAAACUGUAGAGUUAUUGCAUUGAGUGACAGUGUUAGUGGAACUAGUGAAGUUUUCCCAAGAGUUAUACCUUGUUAUGCGACAGUAACGAUUAACGAAUCUAAAGAACUGCUAUCCAGGAUCUCAAGUAAUAUAAUUAAUUGUAAGAUAAUCCAGUCGGGAUGCCUAAUGGUAGCUAUAAGUGAACACUGCACAGUGACGGAGGGUCACGCACUGUUCGUCUCUAUUCUAGUCACUGCGAGGAGGAGACAUCCUUUUGCCAUCCUUAUUCAGGAGUUUCAUUGUUAGUUUUAUUCGCAGCAGUUAUAGUAUCGAUGCAUCCCAAUUGAGGAGACUCGAUUUUAAAUUUUUACCCGUAUUUAACGAGGCACUGCAUGAAGUUUGCAAGUGAGACUCGAACCGAGUGUACAUAGGGAAUUAUGAGCUAGGAGAUAGUGUUUUAGAGCCAUAUGGUAAAACAUUUCAGGAGCAAAGGCCAUUUCAACCCAUUGUUAGAGAAUCAGACAGCGAUGUCAUAGUUCUGGAAAGAUAGCGAAUCGAUGAAUCGCUUGCAAAGUUCAUUACUGACUGCCUCUCGGAGCCUGGUACUCUAGAAAUCCAAAAAAAUUCAAAAUACCGUCUGGGACUGUAAUAAGUAGUUUAAUCUAUUUCGAGGUUAUCUCGAAGUUCCCAACCUUCCGAAGACGCUCCGACACGAAAUUUGUACCUUUUGAUAUUACAAACCCGUGAAGAACGUAACUCGGAAUACUCUUAGGACUUGUGAGAAGCGUCUUCGUUGGAAAACUAAUUACGAAACAUUUUCUGAUCUUCCGGAGACAUGACAAUUUGACAGGUACGGGUUGUUUUAGCUUCAACUAUUCCGUUGCGUGUUAAGAUACCCUUGAAAAAAUGUUAUAUUAAGUCGUAGAUCGCGCCAUAGUUGUCAUUUUAACCGAAUUUUGAUUAAACUUUACUCUUGACAGUGUAGUCCACUUGCGGAGAGCCAGGCUCCGAGGCCUAACCUCCAAAUCCUCACUGCGAGUGCAUCGCCCAGCCACCUACCGAAACCAAAAAUUCACGAGGGAGCAUCGUAACAUUUGUGCCAAAUCGCCAGGGUGCUCAUCGCGGACACCAGAGGCGACCAUUAAUUGCUCCAAGAAUUAAUUCCACUCCGAGAGAUACCUAGAGCUCAUCGGAGGCUCGACACCCUGGAUCCCAAACAUUCAGAUUACAAUUAAUCCAUACCGUGUAUCGGCUUGAGCGACUUUUUGCAAUUAAGAAAGUGUAAAAUUGCUUGUGCAAUUCAACUAAGGACCUGUCUGUGGUCAUCCGUGGGCCUCGGAGUCUUCGAUGGGCCUCUAAGAAUCGGAGAGAGCCAGGCCGAUCUGUCCAGGGAUCGGUGGCAAAAAUUACUCCCACUACUUAACCGCUUAGAAAUUUACUGACAUCUCUUUUUAUAAUACUCCAGUGAGCAAAGUGUAAGGGUUAAAGUGAGUCUUCGCGUAUUAGAAUUGAAAUUAGAGGAACUAGUGGCCACCAGUCUCUGGACUGUUUGCUCCGAUGGAGCUGCGGUCUUCGAAUCUAGGAUUUUGACUUUGGUCAUCCGUAUAAGUGUGAUAUUACCGUUUUAAUUUAUUUAAGCUUAAACAACGUUGAAUGUACACCUCGUUUAGCCGAUUAUUACAACUAUUUCUGUAUAUUGUGCGGAAAAAGAGGGGUGCGCGAAUGUUUAAAGGCGAGCUAAAAGAGAAGCGUCGCGCUAAUGGAAAAAUUAAAUCGCCGGGUCCCGAGAGGGACAAAGGCGAGGCGGAUUUCUCGAGGACAGAGACAAAACUCAAAGGAAUAAUAUUUACGAGUACAAAACGCGGCACAGGAUAUAUUUAUAUCAGGUUUAUUAAUUGUAAGUGAUACCGAUAUAGGGGUUCGACGAUGAAUAUUAUAAAGAGACCAAAAUCAUAUUCUCUCCCAAGAAUUCGAGUUUUUAUUUACCAAUCGGCCGGCCGGGCCAACAGCUGUUUUUCUAUAUAUAUAUAUAUAUAUAUAUAUUAUGUAAUGGCCGGUUUAUACAAUAUCUUAUAUGAACCGGUCAUAAUUGAAGUGAUUCA